GAAAGUUUAAUAAAUUGCAGAGUUCGUUGCUUACAGACCUGCCUUUUAACCUGCUGAGCAAACAUCUGAGGAAGAUUGCAAAAGAGAGUCCCAAGUAUCUGGGUGCACUAUGAAAACUAUAAUCGCUGCUUAUUCCCAAAACCAGAGCGGGAGUCAUGCCAGCAUCCAGGCUGCCCUGCACACUCUGCUAACUGUGCCCUGGCCUUCAAAAAGAGAUUUCCGGGCUGUCGUCCAGCUGCUGUCAGUUCUUCAGUGGAUGCUAAGUUUCUUAAUCAUGGGAACUGCCAUCUUGCUUUUUCUCACCUACUUGGUUUUCACCAGUUUCUGGCCGGUUUCUGCCUUCUACCUGGCUUGGCUGAUCUUUGACUGGAAUACACCUGAGAAAGGUGGGAGAAGUUCUUCCUGGGUCCGGAACUGGUCCAUCUGGUAUCACUUCCGAGAUUAUUUUCCUAUUCAGCUAGUGAAGACACACAACCUCCUUCCCACCCACAACUACAUUGUUGGGAUCCAUCCGCAUGGGAUCCUGUGUGUUGGAGCUUUCUGCAACUUCGUCACUUAUUCCACUGGCUUCUGCGAAAAAUUUCCUGGAAUCAAACCCUUCUUGGCCACCCUGGCUGGCAACUUCCGAAUGCCUGGAUUCAGAGAAUACCUGAUGAGUGGUGGUUUGUGUCCCGUGACCCAAAAGGCAAUAGAGCACCUAAUAUCCAGGAAUGGCACUGGAAACGCUGUGGCAAUAGUAGUUGGGGGUGCGGCUGAGGCCCUCUCCUGCCAGCCGGGAGUGACAACAUUAAUUCUAAACAAACGCAAGGGUUUUGUCCGGAUGGCCCUCCGCCAUGGGGCCCACCUGGUUCCUGCUUUCUCUUUUGGAGAGAAUGAUCUUUUCCAGCAGGUGCUCUUUGAGGAAGGUACUUGGAUGAGGAAAGUUCAAGACAAAUUCAAAAAAUUUCUGGGCUUUGCUCCUUGCUUCUUUUAUGGAAGGGGCUUCAUUUCAGCCCAUUCCCGUGGUUUCCUGCCUUUUCCCAGACCAGUCACCACCAUCAUUGGAGAGCCGGUGACUGUGCCCAAGAUUGAGCAGCCGACGUGUGAGAUGGUGGAUCUGUAUCACUCCAUGUACAUCCAGUCUCUUUGCAAACUCUUCAACGACCACAAAGUCAAGUAUGGAUUGUCAGAGACAGCUGAACUGCGGAUCCUGUGACUGAGACCAGUGAUGGGGUGGGGGAGAGAAAGCUGCCGAUCCCUUAACCCCCUGGGGGCUGCCUGCUUUGGGGUUCUGGGGUGGGAGUCCAGCAAGUGCUCCCCCACCUGCUCUUGUACCUGACUGGUCCGUCGGGUGCAAGAGGGAGCGGGGGCAGAGCUAUUGCAAGGCAGAACACAUGGUGUGCUUGCAGAAGGUUCAGUCCCCAGAUAUCACUAUAAUCUACUAGCAGUUGAUGAGGAAAAGCUACUGCCAGUCAGAGUAGACACUAUUGAGCUAGAUGGAGCGGCCUAGACACGAGGGACCUCCCCCUUGCCUCCUGUUCUAGCAAAGAGAGGAAAGGCUAAUGCAAGUCCAGGCCCUGGUAAACUUCCCAAGCUCCUUCUACUUGAGCCGAGGCCUUGACUCCAACAGCAGAUUUGGGUUAUGCUGCAAUGAGGGGCAGAAUCAUCACAACCACCGUGCGCCAGUCUCUGGACUUCCCCAUUGACCUUACGCAUGGGGAUUGACCUCAUGGCUGGGGGUGGCAACAAAGGGGGCAGGGAGCAGGGCUGAUACAGUUUUGAGGCACGGUAAGGAAAGCAGAGGGAAAGAUCUGCCCCGGUGGGCUAACCCUCAAGUUAGCUGUCCGGCUCCAGCAAGAUGUCAAAUCUGGACAGAUCUUCAUUUUGUGGACAUUGUGCUGGAGAACCUCCUCGUGAAGUGCAGAUUGCGAGGGAAGGGAGGGUGACAUGUGGAUUUCCCACUCCAAUCACUUUGGUGGUAUGUGCCAAUCCUGUUGGUGGAGCGUGAAUCGGAGGGUGCUUGAUCCAGGACUCGCUCUGGAAAUAAGGCCGUGCUGAUGAAGGGAGCUUGACUCUUCCUAGCACCAAAUAUAUAUAUAUAUAUUUCUCUGCCUGAGGGCUGAGAAAACAUGACUUCCCAACUCCUGCCAUCAGGAUUGCCCAUAACAAUUGCCCGUGCUUGCUUAUCAUUUAUUACACAGAAAGACUGUCCAGGUCAGGAAUGCCUCUGCUGCGUGGCUUCAGUGGUCGUCCUGGUUACCACUCACCUGGCAGUGACUGAAGGCAAGUCCUUUCAGCGGGUGUUGUUACCCUGCAGAUGCUCCAGGCUGCUUCAUGGGGUGGUAUGUGUGUGUGUGUGGCUAGACUCCAGCCAUGAUUCAUGAGCGUAUCUAACCUCUUGCAUUCCCGAGUAAUCUGGGUAUUGUUAGUAAGGUUGGCUGAUGCUUCCUGGGACCACAGCGGGCUCAGAUGCUUCUGCUGCCAGAGGCUGGAUAGAAUAAUUGUGAUGUUUCAUAAAGGGCAAGGGUUAACCAGCUGGUCGUGCUCUGGACAUGGACUUUGGCACACAUAUGAAGCUCAAGCACCCUCUGCUGGCCCUCACCAACUCCACAAUAUAAAACAAGGGCCACUUUCCACAUUCAGCAAGAACACACAGUGCUGUUUUUCCUGGACUGUACCAUUUAAGACCCUGGAGGGGUGAUUACAGAUGUGAAUGCUCCUAUUUUGGGGGGAGGGGAAAACAGAAUCCCCUCACAUGGGGCAAGGUGGGCCAGGCGCUUCACCUUGGGGAAUUUUAUGGAUCACCCUCCCCAAUUCCUGCCUGCAGUCUCAGAUGCUGCCCAGCAAAAAGUGCAUUGUUUGUUUCUGUGGAACUUGUUUGUGUUUUGUGUUGUGGAGUUGGCACAGAAGCCUAUGCCUUCUCCCAGCAUGCCGUGCCUGAUGUCUGAGGCAGCUACUUAGGAUGCCCAUAUAAGGGUGCCAGUGCUGGGGUUCGCUUUAGUGAGCUUGGUUGGGAUAGGAUAUUUCAGUCAGGGACAGCACCAGGCAUCACUGGGCCCUUGGGCACUAGCUUACCCCAGAUGUACAGUACUGUAGCCCACCACCCAAUCCUGAUACAAGCAGCGUGGGGGCUAAUAAGCCCCCCAUGCGCCCCCUACCUCUUACAGCAGUGUGCAUGAUGUGCAUGUGUAGCAUGCAUGCCUGCCAUAAAUCAAGAUGGCAGCGGGUAAUGAACCCCUUAAGAAAGCCCCCAAUGUCAUCUUGGGUGAUGGCAGGCAGGCAUAUGCACACAUCAUGUAUGACCUGCACACAGAUGGGAGAGAUAGAUGGGGCACGUGUGUGGGAUUGUUGAAGCCCACACUGCCUAUAUAGGGUGUGUGUGCCUGUAAGCCCUCACUCCAAGAUCUGUGGCAAUAUUGGGUUGCAGUACCUGACACUACUGAAGAUCAUGGAAUGGGAGGGGUAUCCUCCCACCCUAAGCAGGGGUCCUUCUGGGGCCUCUCUGGGCUACAGGGGUCCUCGGCCAGGGCCCAACCUGGCCACCCUCUGGUGCCAGGCCUGAUUUAGCAGUCAUAGUGGUUUUGGUCUGAUUUUGCUCAGAUAUUUCUGUAUUGGUACUUAGUGCUUCCCAUCCUGAUAUCAUAGCAUGGAAUGGUCUAGGGUUGCCAGGUCUCUGGUUUUUGCCCAGAGACUCCAGAUUUUUAGGGUCGAAGUCUCCACAUGUCACCCCAAUCUCCAGACUCUCAGCUUUCAUUUAAAAAAAAGAUUAAGUUUCUUGGUGGUCUGGUUCAAGAGAUAUACACCAAAACGUCAGCCGCACCUGCAACUUCUGUUAAAUGAACUCGUAGCUGGCUGCUCUAACCCCACCUUUUCAGGUUUGCAAGCCAAUACGUGAAGUCAGGGUUGUGAUUGACCAAAGAAUUUGUUAACCUCCAGGCAAUAACUAGAACCCAUUGUAAGACUAGAAAACGGUUGUCUUUUCCUGCUUGUCUGAAAAUAUCAUAACUGAGUAAGCUUUCAGCGAUAGUAAAAGUCCCUUUCUCUCUGCGUGGAGAUGUAGAACAAAAAAUCACAGCAGGAACUUGGUAGGCAAUUGUUUAAUGUAAACAAUUUCAGUUAUGAUUGUAAUAAAUGUGUACAUGCAGGGUUUUUUAAUUACUUGCAAAAAUAGCAUAUUAUACAUUUUAUCUUUCAAAUAAUUUUUGAAUAGAAAUUUAAAAGAAGUGUACAUGCAGCUUAUGAUGCCACACAAUGUGUAUACUUUUCUAAUUAUGAAGAGUCAAACAAGUUUAAAUUUUGCCAGGCUGUUGAAGAGGACAGUUUAUUUAUCUAACAUAGCCUGUUUUGAAAACCUUCCCAGUAUGAAGCUGUAAUCCUAUAGAUGCUUUUCUGGGAGUAAACCUGCAAUGCUGAUCCCACAUACAGGAAGUAAACCUCAUUUAAUUCAAUAGGACUUACUUUUGAGUAGACAUGGUUAGGAUUGUGCUGUAAAUCAAUGGGACUUUUGAGUGAACAUAGCAAAGGAUUGUGUUUGUGUUGUAAAUCUUUCUCUCCCCCUUCAAUCCUAUUUUAAAGCAAUUAGGCAGGGCUUACCUAGGUGUCACUGCUUUUAUUUGGUAGGAAACUUAUGCCGAUUGUAUUUUAUUUUUUUUAAAAAAUGUUCUGCAAUGACCAACUGGUUUUGACAAUAAACCAUUAUAUGGAGUGUAUGUA